CUUCGUCGUGUUAUGUCCUCUUGCAGUUUUUUUUAGCAUACUCCUGCAUGUCUCAAAGGCCUCGCGUUUCCUCAUUCCAAUCUCAUUUCCUGGUUUCCUCACGCAUGAACCCCAAUUCUAAUUGCUCCUCCUCCUGUUUCUCCCAUCAGAGCCUUGUUCGAUCCAUAGUUUAAUUUUCUUUCUCCCGCAUUAAUUUUCUGACCUUUCUGUUUGGUUGCUGAGAAAAUCGAUUCCGGAAUAAUGGGUAUCAAAGGUUUUGUUGAGGGAGGCAUCGCUUCCAUUGUUGCUGGAUGCUCCACCCAUCCUCUUGACCUCAUCAAGGUACGAAUGCAGCUUCAUGGCGAAACCCACACUUCGACCGUUCAUAACCUCCGACCCGCGCUCGUCUCUCAUCCUGGCUCCGGCAGCGUCGCGCCACUUCCUUCCCGCACUGGUCCCAUUUCGGUCGGCGUUCGCAUCGUCAAACAAGAAGGCGUGGCCGCUCUUUACAACGGCGUCUCCGCCACCAUCCUCCGCCAGAGUCUCUACUCCACCACCCGAAUGGGACUGUACGAUUAUCUCAAGCAUAAAUGGUCCGAUCACAACGCCAGAGGUAACAUGUCGCUGUCGAGAAAGAUCGUUGCCGGUUUGUUGGCGGGUGGUGUGGGCGCCGCUGUUGGGAAUCCGGCGGACUUAGCCAUGGUUCGCAUGCAAGCUGACGGCCGUCUUCCGCCGGCUCAGCGGAGGAACUACAAGUCCGUGGUGGACGCCAUUGCACGAACGGUGAAGCAAGAGGGAGUGGCUAGCCUUUGGAGAGGCUCGUCGCUUACGGUGAAUCGAGCGAUGCUGGUGACGGCGUCGCAGCUGGCGACGUAUGACCAGAUCAAGGAGGAGAUAUUGAAGAAAGGGGUGAUGAACGAUGGGCUAGGGACCCACGUGACUGCGAGCUUCGUGGCGGGAUUCGUGGCGGCGGUGGUUACGAACCCGGUGGACGUGUUGAAGACAAGAGUGAUGAACAUGAAGGUGGACGAGGGUGGGAAGCCGCCGUACUCCGGCGCCAUAGAUUGCGCCUUGAAGACUGUGCGAGCAGAGGGUCCAAUGGCGCUUUAUAAAGGAUUUAUACCGACGAUUUCGAGACAAGGACCCUUCACGGUGGUGCUCUUUGUGACGCUCGAAGAGGUUCGCAAGCUGCUGAAGGAUUUCUGAGGGACGGAGGCGAAGCUGCCAUGGACGACGACCCACACGGCUUACUUCGUUUAAAAAUAUUGAAAAGAAAAAUUAACUAUUUAGUUUUUUAAAUAAUUGUUCUGAGGCUUACCAAUUUUUGCUCUAUUACCUUGCUGCUUAUAAUUGAAACUUUG